AUGCAGCGUGGAACUUUAAUACUUGAAGAUGAUUGUAAAUUCGAUGGUUUCGUAUUUGGAGCAUCAACUAAUGUUACCGGUGAAGUCGGUAUACCCGAUGAAAAAGCUAUUGAUGAUUUUGGUAUACAGCGAUGGGUUGAAUCAAAUAAAAUUUAUGCAUCAGGAUUAAUUGUUAGUACUUGUACAGAACAGUAUAGUCAUUGGAAUGCUGUUGAAUCUCUUUCAUCAUGGCUAAAUAAACAUAAUGUUCCUGGAAUUGAUACAUGUAUGUUAACUAAAAAACUUCGUGAACAUGGAACAAUGAUUGGAAAAAAUUAUUCUGUUAAACAAGAUGAAUUUGAUGGUCUUUUUUUGAGUAGUGGUCCUGGUAAUCCACAAACUCAAUGUCGAGAUACUAUUGCAACUAUAAAAUCAUGGAUUGAUAGUGAAACUAUUAAACCAGUAUUUGGUAUUUCUCUUGGUCAUCAAUUAAUGGCUUUGGCUGCUGGAAUGAAAAUAACAAAACUUAAAUAUGAGAAUCGAGGCUAUAAUCAACCAUGUUUAUUAGAAGGAACUCAACGUUGUUUUAUAACAUCACAAAAUCAUGGUUUUGCUGUUGAAAAAGUUCGAUUUUUACCAUCGGGUUGA